AGUUCUUCUAUUUUACCAACAUCUCAAAUGGUAGUCAAAGUACCUUUGUCACCACGAAAAUCUGCAAAAUACAUAUCAGAACGGGCGAAACAUGUCACCAUACACCCCGAAGGGAUAAGCAAAUUGGCGAAAGACAUAUUGAAACAAUUACGAGAAGAAAAUAUAAGGAUUUCAAGCCCUGCAGAAUUGGAGACAUUUCCUGCAGAUUUAAGUGAAAAGGAUGCCAUUAAUUUGGUGUUUGUUAUAGAUACCUUAAACUUUUGUUUUUGGAUUCCGAAAGGUGCAGGUCCAGAGAAUCCCAAUCCUCCGCAAUGGGAAGUAACGUUUCGCAAUCAAACUUACUCAGGGUAUUUUGGAUUAUGUGCAGCCAUUGGGAAGGCACUUGACAAUGGAAAAUGUAUGCAUAAUCCUGACUUUUAUUCCAAAAUUACCCUCAAAGAGCUUAAAGACAUACUGAAGGGUAAUAAUUCAGUCGAUAUUCCUCUUUUGACUGAGAGGCUGAAUUGUCUUCAUGAAGUUGGGAAAAUACUCAUUGAUAAAUUUGAUGGUUACUUCAUUAAUUGUAUUAAGAAAUGUAACAAAAAUGCUCAAAGCCUUCUGCGAUUGAUAACAUCUGAAUUUCCAUGUUUCAAUGAUAUAGCUGCAUAUAAAGGAGAAUCAGUUUCAUUUCAUAAAAGAGCUCAGAUACUUGUUGCUGAUGUGUGGUCACUAUAUUAUGGGGAAGGUAUCAGCGAAUUUGAAGAUAUUGACACCAUUACAAUGUUUGCUGAUUAUAGGGUACCUCAGGUUUUAGUUCUCUUCGAAACUAUGUCUUAUAGUGAAGAAUUAAUGAAUGUCCUUAGAGAAGAACAAGAAAUGAUCAGUGGGUGUGAAAUGGAAGUAGAGAUCCGUGGCUGCUCAAUAGAGGUGGUGGAACGAUUGAAGGAAGAAGUUGAACGCCUGAUGGUGGAGGAAGGGGAUGAAGGAUUCGUCUGCAACUCUAUCCUUAUCGAUAACUACCUGUGGUCCUAUCGAAGAGCCCACGCCUUAUCACUUACCCAUAUACCCUUCCACAGAGUCCCCUCUCUCUAUUACUGA